AUGGCUCCCGUCCCGGAGGCCUAUUUCCCGUCCCUGGACAAGUGCUUCUCCGGGGACGUUCAACUCUUGUCCUGGAAAAGAGCUUUUCUCUACGCCAUUGAUCCCGAAAGUCAUGCUGACGAUGGAGGCAAUAUCGACGUCUUCUUUUCACACUCCGAAUCCAUUCGCCUACUCUCCGACGGCCUAAAACCGUUCCCCUCCCCUUCCGCAAAAUCCAAAUCCGAAUUCGAAUCCAAAACCGCUGCAAUCCAUGUCGAGACCAAUGGCCAAAGCUCUUUCGACCUGAAGGAGAUCAAGGCGGACGCGCUAUGGUUAAGCAAGGAAGCCGGAAUUGACGAGAUCGCUGCUCUUCGCAUCGCUGUAUUGGAAUGGCAGAACCGCCCAGCAACGCGCCUCACAAUCGGGUUUUCCAGCGAGGAAGCGACCAGUCUACAGAGCGCGGCUGGGACCGAGAAUCUUCGAGGCUCUCUAGCCGGUCCCAACUUCGCCAACCUAUUGAAUCAAACAGCCAGAAACGACGGUGUUCAGUCAUUCGAAAAAGAGGAGAAGAGACAUUUGCGACUCCGCGAGGUGUAUCUCUCCGAGGCAACCCAUGUAGUGAAGACACUCCGCAAGCUGCUUGCUCUGUCCCUACACGAUGGUAUUCCAGCCGACUCGACUGCCCCCGCCAGUUACGAUCGCAAACUUGCGUUGCGCAAACUAGGGACCACAAUCUUCCAAGACAAGUCGACUGGUGAUGGAUUGGACCGAUUUCUUCACGAAUGCAUCAGCUCGAUACGCAGUCGGUUAACGAGUUUGGAAGGAGACGGUGGCUGGCUCAGUGCCGCAGAAAGCAGCGAGGAAUUGGAGAACAUCUGGAGAACAAGUCUCGUGGAGGAGAUUGUUCAUAUUGUGCAAAUCAUGUUCCACCAGCUUCAAGCCUCAGUGGAAUUUCAAAGUGCAGAACUCCUAUUAUCCUGGCUCCAGCUAAUGGCUGAUUAUAGCUUCUUGGAGCCAAUUCAAGCGCCUUGUCAGCAACCUGUGGAAGUGUUGUUGCCCCUUCAAGCUUUCGUGUCACUUACCACAUUGGCGUUUUUAAAACCCUCUCACGCCAUCUCUGCCAUUCAAAAUAAGGCACACAUGCAAUCCUCGCCCCAGCCUUACUUCUGGUGCAAGGAGAAAAUCUCUCAAAUCAACGAGAUCUUUCUUAAUGCAUGCGGUGAUUUGAACACCGUGAAUCCGGCAGCCUUUUCAUGGGGUCUGAUCUUGUAUACCAUCCAAGAGCUGGCAGAAAACAAGAGAACCGAACGAGAGCACGAUCUGAGCCGUGAUUCGGCUGUCUCCUACAACGAGCAGACACAGAAUGCAGCGCUAUCUCGAGCAUCUGAACAGUCGGAUUACGAAAAGUUGCUUGACUGCGCCAGAACUCCGCAAAGCACGGCUGAAGAUGCUAUCCCCAUUCUUACAUCUGAUGCCCUCAAAGAAUCCGCAUUUAACACCGUUGUCGCCCUGGCUAGUAAGACCGGGUCAAUGUCAGCCGUCGAUGAUGGCCUGACAACCCGAUGGGUUCGGUUGUCACUUCUCGACCUUAUACGAGUUGCCAUUAUGUUUUUGGAUUACUCCCCGGAAAUCGUGGGGUCAGUCCUGGCUAUCUUAAGUGAUGAUGACAACGAACUGUCAAGAGACUCAAAUUCUCUAGGGCCUGCCAGCGAUCCUAAGUCUCUAUUCGCCAAUGAUCAGCAUUUGAUGGAGGGCAUCUUUCGUGUUGCACGGUCCCGUUUCCCUUAUGAAACGGCACCAUUUUUACAGCUCUGUCGUGCUCUCGUCAGUGGGCAUUCUUUGAAUGAAGAAGGCUUGCCGGCUAUUCUUGAGGAGGUGGAGAACAUGGAAUCCUUUACACAAAUUGUCUCACCCACUUUCCAGGGCUAUGUCACAAUUCGAGAGGACGAGAAUGCCGAUUUUGUCUCCCUGCUCCAACCCCUCCCAAUGUUUGAAACAUCAUCUCAGAACCGUCUCUUCGAGAGGGAACCAAGCAGUGCUAUAAUUGUCAGCGGUUCUUCCGAAAUUCCACGGCUGACCGUUGGUCAAGUCAUUUCCGAUUCAAAACCCGCGGUCAUCAUGUGGGAGCAUCGAUACUCCUGCUUAAGCUUUCUAGGAAGCUGGCUUGAAGAAUGGAGCGAGACCGGCGGGCACUCGCCUGGGUGGACUGACGACACUGCCACGGAAAUCAUUGCUCUCUUGACAGACUUGAUUGCCAACUCUAAAGCACAAAGUUCUGGCGAUGCAAGCGGCAAGAGGAUCCUAGAGAUGGCUAGUGAUGGGUUGUCUAAACAAGGCGACAUCAUUUCUGUGAUCUUCGAUAUCUUUGAGCGCAAUUUGCAGACCAUCGGCACCCGAGGAGACUUGGGCAAGUCUUUGGACGCAACCAUGGCAUGCCUGCGCUUUAUCAAGGCGCUUCUAAAGAUCCUACCCAGUCGAGUAUGGCCUUUCCUUGGUCGCAGCAGUCUCAUUGGGUCUGAUGGCAAGGGUGGCAUCAUGACAGCAAUCGUUUCAGCAGUGGAAAUUCCUUCCGGCGAGUACCCGUUCCUCCUAGGCUGUGUUGACCUCGUGGACGCUGUCAUCGACGAUGCGGCAUCUCGAGCAGUAUUGCGAAAGAGCCCGGGCAGCGUGACAAGCAAAUCAGUCAUUGCGUCUGAUUGGAGUGCCGGUAUCCCAUCUCACGUCAUGAGAACUAUUAUGUUGAACUUCACUCGCACAAUGCUGGAGAUUUUCAAUAGCAGUGGAAAUUGGAGGUUCAAUCUACCAGAACAGCGGUUCAAGAUCAACGCGAUGCUUGCCAAUUCGUUCGAACGUGUUCUAUACUAUGCCUUCGGAAUCAACGACAGCCCGAAACUAGAAACCAAAGUUACCGGCGUCUUCUCUACAUCUGCAGCGUACAUUUUGGAUAUGCUGCGCCCUCGGUCUACCGCUGACCUGCCCUUUAAUCCAAUUCUUCGGUUGAUCGCUGAGGGUCUCCAGACUCCCCCAACACUCCACCUCAGAUACCUUACCCUCUUCGAAGACCAGGUCAAAUCUACACUGCGGCUCUGUAUCAAACUUGUGCAGGCAGCCCAACUAGCAGAACAACCUGGCUCGCUUCUGGAAGAACAAUUGUUCAAGGCCAGCCCAGUUCUAGUCAAACUAUAUGCGCUGCAUGACGCAUACAGGUUGCCGGUUGUGUCACUUCUCGAGAUUUUGAUCUCCAGUGCUGCUUCAAAUCCAGAUAACGAACCCCCCUCCCUUGUUGGCCACCUUGGGGCAGAGUCGUCCUGUCUGUUCCUUGACGUAUUGUCACAACUCGACAGGCCGAUGUGUGAUAGGCCUCUACUUCUUGCAGUAUGGCAGCUGCUAUCGACAUUUGUUAGCAAGCGCCAACAGUGGCUUGCGGUUUUCAUUCUCACAGGAUCAUCCCCUCGCCAGACUCUGAAGAAGGAACCCACUUCUGGUGGUCUCAGCAUGAGGAGCGUGCCUUUCCUAAAAAUGGCACUUGAGAAAUUGUCCCACAUUGAUCAACAAGAGCCGCAAGUAGCCUUAGCGUUGCUCGAGUUCGUCUCCCGUGCCCAAGAAAAUUGGCCAUGGGCCACUUCCCAUCUGAGCAAGCAUCCUCAGUUCUUCGCCAGCAUAAUUAACCACGUCUCAAAGUUGAAAAUUUCUUCUCUGCCAGUGAUGGACCAAAUCCAUGCCACGCGGAUUGCAGCCGUUGUCGCGGACCUGUGCGCGGUCUACCUGCACUCUGCAAAGGAGGUGGGUGACCGAAGCUUCAUAAAGACCUUGAUUCCAUUGGUGUCGUGGUAUGCCAAGGAUGCAGUUGAGGUUUCGGCUUACAAUUCCUCAUUGCAUGCCAACUUGAAAAAGAACUUUGAGAUGCGGUACUCAGGCUGCAAGAUCGUUGACUUCAAAAGAACACCGCUUGAGGUUCGUAAUCUAGGACGGGAUUACUAUUAUGACUUGAGUAUGGGAGACAAGCUGCUGUCCUACGACUUUGCCUGGGCUGGCAGCAAGAACCGUGGCUUUGCCGAGGAGUUUGAGCGCGCCAACAUCAAUCUGUCUCUUGUCGAGGCGCAGGUGAGCCUUCUCCAUAGCUGGAAGUUCUUUGCUAUCGAGCACUGUGCCGAUUUCAUGCCCGAUACCGAAGUCCGAAAGACAAUGGCACUGGUCGCACAGAAUUGUUUGAAGGCCAAUAUUAGCAGCGGCCCUCCUGAGGCCAUCUUCGAGCGAAUCCAACAAGCGCGCGUUGAUUUCGCCCAGGCACUUCUCCAACGGCUUGUCGAGGUACACGCUAGAGGCGCCGAAGUCUUCCAGCUGCUCGAGAUUACCUGGAAGGCACUGCGAUCCCGGCAUCUGACCUACGAAGACGCCUUGAUCAAUGACGAUACCGAUUACUUCCGGUCCCUCCUGAACGUAUUGUUCCUUUCCCUUCAGUUCCACCUGGAUGGCCCCUCUCGGAGUGCUCCCGAAGCUAUUAACAAGAGGGCCGAAGUUUCUUCGGAUCUAACUGUCAUCGUGGAAGUCGUGAAAACAAUAGUGGCCCAGGGCUUCAAAUCCCUCACCACUUAUCUCCAUGACCAGCCGGAGAAAUGCGCACCGAAAGAUUUCGCCAUUAUCAUUGCUAUUCUGCAGACAUGCUUGCAAGUGAAGAACGCCGAUCGUCUCUAUGAGCAUAUCGUGUACCACAUUGAGGAACACGACACCGCUCGGCAUGCGACGACGCUCUUCUCCUGGGCCGACCAAUUAGCCGUGGCAGGCGACCCUGUGUACGCAGAGCUCAGCAUCUCGAUCCUGGUCAAGAUGUCAACCCUGCCCAUGCUUGCAGAGCACCUUGCUGUUGAGGCUGUAUUGAUGAAACUGUCCACCUGCCGUCUUACAAACAUUCUCUGCCAAAAGAAAGCAUUCGGACCCUUUGACCCUGUUUCCCGACUGUACACCAUCUGGACUGGUGGAUUCCUUCCUCUGUGUCUGAACAUGCUCUACAGUGUCAUGCGGACCGCGCCCGAGGUGGCAGCGUUCCUCAACCAAUUCGAAUCGCGUCUGACUCGCGCGACAGAGGCAUUCUCCAGCCACACUGCUGUUUCCUCUGUUCCGACAUCCAAGUGGAUCAGCCUGAGCAUGGUUUCGGAGGCCUACUCGCUCGCGCUGAUCUCGUUCAUCCUGGACCGGUUCCGUGAGGCGGGUGCCAGUGCUGGAGUUGACGCACAGGCCAUCCAAGAUCUCAAGUGGGAUAGGGCGCAGGUUAAGGAAGAUAUUGAGGAGCUGCUCGGUCGCCGCGCUGCUCUGCGUGCGCGUAUUGUCGCGACCAAUGAGAAGGAGGUGGAGUGGUCCCGGCAAAAGCCUGUCGACUCGGCUUCUGGGGCAGAGAACCGACUGGAGGAGAAGCUUGUUAGUGAGAUGAAGGCAGCAGUUACCUGUUUGGGUGGGGAGGAUUCAUGA